AUAAGACUAUUUGACAAGCCUGGCUCAAUCAAUCAUAGUAUGUUACAACAAUUUUAUAGUUUUCAUAGAAGACAGAUUUACAGUCGUUAGAAAAACCAAGAUGCCGUUUCUUUGAAUUGAAACAUUAAUUUCACAAGCAUCAUAAUUUUUGUAAGGAUAUGACGACGCUGUUCCUUGCUUCUGAGGGAAUCAACCAAUCAGACCUCACUUGUCUGUAUGGCUAACCGUACUGAAACCAUAGUCUAUAGCGCCUAGCAUUUUUAGGAGGGGCAGAAAUAUUCUGAGCCAUUGUCUGGCAUUCUUGAAAUACAAAGUGGAUGCCUCUAUGAUCCAGCUACAGCGAAAUAUACCUCUUCCAAUUUGCACAAGACUUCAGCCAUGGCCACGGCAGGCACAGGACCAGGCUCAGCAGAGCCAAAUCGGCCAGGCCCCCAGAGGAAGAUGUCCACCACAGGGGAAAGCCUGUACAAGGUGCUAGGCCUGGAGAAAGGAGCUUCCGCUGAUGACAUUAAGAGGGCCUACAGGAAACUAGCGUUGAAGUACCACCCAGACAAGAACCCAGACAACCCGGAGGCUGCGGAUACGUUUAAAGAGAUCAACAACGCCAACUCAAUCCUGAACGAUGAUGGCAAGAGGAGGAUCUACGAAGAAUACGGCUCCAUGGGCCUCUACGUGUCCGAGCAGUUUGGAGAGGAGAGCGUCAAAUACUACUUCCUCAUGUCCAAGUGGUGGUUUAAGACCAUGGCUGUGUGCUGCACCGUCUUCUCCUGCUGCUGUUGCUGCUGCUGCUGCUGUUUCUGCUGCGGGAAGUGCAAGCCGCCAGAGGAGGAUGAUCACUACCAGUACGUGGACCCAGAGGACCUGGAGGCUCAGAUCAAAGCUGAGACGGACGGAGGUCCGCGUGCCCCUAUCGUGAUCCAGCCGCAUUCCAUCACCGUCGAGGUUCCAGAGACCUCCCAGCCUGCAGCCAGCCAGCCCACCUCCAAGCCCCAGCAGUGACCCUCCCCUCCCAGCCCUGUCUACCCGCUGGAGCCCUCCCCUCAGGUGGGCACGGCCAGGCCCCCUGAGGGCCCCACCCUGGAGCCCCCAGCAGCCAGCCAGGCCAGCUGUCACCAGAGCCAGGACUCACCAGUGCCAGUCAACCAGCCAGCCAGUCAACCCCCCAUACUGUGGCAAAGGUCCAACCAAAUGGACACGGGUGGCACGCUGCCAAGAGACCAGGACUCCUUAUGACUUGAUAGACAUGAUAUAUAUCUAUAUCUAUCCACCAAACUGAGGAUUAGAACAAACUCUCUCCGAUCACUCCUUCAUUUUGUCCCUCUGUUUCAAUCCUCCCCCCCGCUCUCUGUCUCCCUCUUGGAUUCUCGUCUCUGUCAGAGCUCUGGGAUUGGAGACUAAUUUCAAGUUCAGUCUGAGUUUUGGGUUUUAAAUAGCCUGAUUCAAACCUUCCACCUCCCGAAGACUAAAGCAUGGAUCAGAGGAUGUGCAUGUGUUAUGUUUGAUCUGCAUGUCCCUACUGUACAACACUGGCACAUACAUACCCCACACACCCACACCCCUCUACUACAGACACCACCACCACCACCUUACCCCUGUCAGCGAUACCCCCAGCUCCAGCCGGGUGCACUUACAGUAUGCUACACAACCAGGGUUCUCCCCAUCCACCUCCACCUGAAUGAGACCAAAGAGUGGGGCAGACAUUCAAGAACAGUGAAAAUGUGCAGUGAAAGAAUUAAGCAUUUUUAACAGGAAAAUGUGUUGACUGUUUUAUUUUAUUGCUAAUUGAUGUCACAAUUAUGUUAGUUAGACCAAAGCCAAACUAGAUGGCGCUAACUCCAUGCGUUCAGCAGCCACCAGUUUCUCCUCGUGACACUAGAGCUAACCUGAGAGGAUUGUUCCUUUGAGGUGUAUGCAUUUGGGUCUACUAUGCACUUUUGAAACCUGUGAAGUGGGUAAAUGAUCAUUUCUGAUGGGCUGUCAGCUAACAUAUGGUUCCAGCCAACCAGCACUGCUUACUGAAACAGUCAGCACACUUCUCUCUGUAUUCGGUGGAACUGACAAAUAGCAACAGCUAGCUGACUGCAACCCAACUACUUAUCAAACGUCUCCCAUCUCAAAUGGUGGUUUUGCUUUGCAUUGUCAUAGUCUGAUGUUGUAACAUGGAGAAACAGGUGGUAUGUGCUGUUGGGGUCUGUGUUUGACCCAGCCACUAAGUGCACGCUAUGCCACAUCCUAGAUGACCACUAUGUUCUCUGAACUGCCUACAGAGAGAACCUAUCACCAAUGAUUUGAGAUUUUUAAGAAAUAACACACCAGGGUGUUUUCCAUGGGGUUUUGGUGGACUGAGCCAUGUUGAGUAUUUUCUGGGCUAAAGAGGCACAUGACUACUAUUUCCAACUAGGCAUUAGUCCUCCUGCUCACUCCUUUCUACAGUACUUUCUCUCAGUGAUUAGUUGAUACAAUGUCACACAGCGGGGUUAGGAUCUGUACAGAUCACCCAACCAGCAGUUUGUACUUCAGUUCAGCUCUCUUUAUGACCCUGGGGGUGCAGAGUCAGCGGUUUCUCAAAUGUUGUGUAAUCAGAAUAGUGAAAACAGUGAAGUAAAUGGAUGCCACAUUGUUAUUGCGAGUCAGUCCGUCCCAGUGGUGGGUGGGGGUGUGUGUGUAGAGCAUUGUACAAAGUCGUUGUUGGUUUGUUCAUCUAGUGCUGUGGUCAGUCAGUCAUCCCCUUGUCAUUUGAAAAGGGCAUUCUGUGUUUCCUAAAGAGGGGCUAGUACAUGGUGUUAACCACCUUGUGUCUUGGCCGAAGAACAACCCGAAAGUUAGGCUAAACUAAAGUCAUGUCAUCAAAUGAUGUCAAGCAGCCAUUUUAUAUUUUGUAGCUUUGGAUGUUUUUUCUCAUGAGUGUUUCCAUAGAAAUGAUCUACCAGUAGCUUCAAUUUCUUACUGGAAUUUAUAGCACCUUUUCUCACCUCUUCAUUUCACUAAGUUAAUAGCCAAAACCCUCCUGAUUUUUCAGUCUAUUGGUUAUGCGUUUUCACAAACCAUAGUAAAUCUGAUGCAUUUCAACAUAAAUGUGCAGUAUCUGGCCCCAGGGCUCAGAGAGGAGAAAGACCUUUUAUUUAUUCUGGUGAUCCUUAUCUGCUGUAAAUAAUAAUAAUCACAGUAUGUGUGUCACAUGCAAAUAACAUUGUAAUAACGUUGUUUGAGAAUCUUUGUUGAAUGGAAAAUGUUUUAAGAAUCAACCCCAUUUAAAUAGUGUACAUUGUCUAUUUUGUAUUUAUGUCAAACCGAAAGAGCUGUUUAAAAAAAAACAUGUUGACAGUUUGGAAGAGAGGACCCUAGACUAGCCAAAGUGGUCCUCCAAAUGGGCUGGGCAACUGGUUGACAGAGGUGGGCAGGCAAUGUCCUAACUGGCUAGGCCAUGAUGGCUCUGGGCUACAGUAGCAGACAGACAGGCAGUGUGCAUCUAUCUGCUCUGAGUGUAGGGGGCAAGGCUGUCUCCAUCUCAUCACUCUCUUAUAGGACACGGGAAUAUGAGAACUCGGAAAUGAUUGAUUGUAGUUUUGUCGAUGCUUUCAUUGUCAUUCAUUGUUCACCAUGAUGUCUCAUGGACAGAAAUUAUCUGUAAAUGUGUAUUUAUAUAAUGAAAUCGAAACAAUUAAAAGAAGGGGGAUUUGU